CAACUAGUACUUUUCGGUUUUACCACCCUAAAACUUCCUAAAUCUUGGUGUUUGGGGUGUUUGGUGUUUAGCAUAACACAACGGAUCAAAGAUUAAUUAUUACGUAAAAAACAUAAAAAUGUUCACCACUAACGUUUUAAAAACUUUAGCUGUAAACGUAGCAAGAGCUGCGAGAAAAGCGCACACCCUCCCUGAACUCCCCUACGCUUACGAAGCCCUCGAACCCGUAAUUUCCCGCGAUAUAAUGUGCCUCCACCACCAAAAGCACCACCAAGCCUAUGUAACCAACUUAAAUGCAGCCGAAGAAAAAUUACGAUCUGCUUUAGAGAAAUGUGACGUAUCCGGGCAAAUAGCGAUCCAAUCCGCUUUAAAAUUCAACGGUGGGGGCCACAUAAAUCAUUCAAUUUUUUGGAAAAAUCUUACCCCAAAUUCUUGUGAACCCACCCCGGAAUUAUGUCAAGCGAUCUCAACAUCGUUUGGAGAUAUGGCUAAAAUGAAGGAGAAAUUGUCUACGGCUGCUGUUGGGGUACAAGGCUCCGGGUGGGCUUGGUUGGGUUAUUGCAAACAAUCAGGGUGCUUAAAAAUUGCGACCUGUGCUAAUCAAGAUCCGUUGGAGGGUACAGUGGGGUUAAUCCCAUUGUUUGGAAUCGACGUUUGGGAGCAUGCCUAUUAUUUACAGUAUAAAAACGUUAGAGCGGAUUAUGUUAAAGCUAUUUUCGAUAUUGUUAAUUGGAAUGAUGUUUCUCAACGUUACACAGCUGCAAAAAAAUAAAGGAUCGUAAUCAAAUAUGUUUUAGAGUUAAAGCUUGUUGAUGAGAUAUUAAAAGCGAAAAAUUAUAUUAUGUGAUCUUAUUUUGUUGUUUCUUUUUGUAUUUUUCGAAUAAUUAUAAUUGUUAAUUAAU